AGGAGGGUGAACGAAUUGGAGCAAUUGCGCGCUUGAAAAGUGUCACUUCUUCUUCUUCUUCUUCUUCCCGCCCAGCAAUCUCUGCGUAGCGGCGCUGAGAUCGGCGACUAGAGACGGAGAAUCGGUCGUCAGAGCGAUGGAGUUCAGUCUGAGCGGGAACGGAUUGAAAACAUUUUCCCGGUGCAUCACAUGUCUAGCUCGUAUCGGCAACGAGCUUGCCAUUGAAGCUUCUUCUUCUCAGCUUGAAUUUCACACUCUCAACUCGUCGAGAUCUGCGUAUCAGUCUAUUACGUUCAAGCCUGGCUUCUUCGAUGUUUAUACGAUAUUCGGCGCUCAGGUCAAAUUCAGCGUGCUUGUGAAGGCGGUUUGCGCCGUCCUUAGGACACCUAUUCAAAGCAUCGAUCAUCUCAGAGUUCAGUUGCCUGAUCCUGAUGCUUCCAAAGUGCAAUGGACCUUGGAGUGCAAUAACGGUAUGAGAAAGGCCUAUUCAAUUACUUGCAAUGUUGAGCCCGACAUACAACAUCUGGCUCUUGAUAGGAAUGGUUUUCCAAGCAGCUUAAUAGUCAGACCGCGAGAUCUAAACAGACUUCUAGCAAAUUUUCAAUCAUCACUUCAAGAGAUAACGAUCAUUGCAACAGAAACUACUUCUUUGCCUUCUGAUGCUGAUAGUGAAACAGGAGAGAAAGCCGUUGAACUCAGAAGUUAUAUUGAUCCAACAAAAGGUCAGCUAGUUUCUUGUGAGUUUACUAAUGACUUGAAUGGAGAGUAUCUUACUGCAGUUCUGCUUACUGUAGACAAUGACUCUUCGCUGCACACUCAAUUGUGGAUAGAUCCUACAGAAGAAUUUGUCCACUAUAAUCAUGUUGGAGACCCUGUUGAUAUCACAUUCGGAGUAAAGGAAUGGAAGGCAUUCGUUUCAUUUUGUGAGAGCUGUGAAGUCGACAUACAUUUAUAUUUUGAAAAGGCUGGGGAACCCAUUUUAAUGGCACCAAAAGUUGGUCUUUCUGAUGCAUCUGGUUCAAACUUCGACGCAACACUUGUUCUUGCAACAAUGCUUACAUCACAGCUUCGUGAAGAAAACCCCUCUGAACAACCACAACGAGCUGCCUCUAUACCAGCUCAAGCAGUAAGACAGAAAGAGCCUCAAGCACAGCCAGAGAGUAGUCAUAGAGCAACAGCUUCUGAGCAUCCAUCUGAUCAAACAAAAAUUUGGUCUGACCUUUCAGGUAGUGCAGCAAGAAGUGGCAGUGCUGCAGCUGAAGAUAGACAAACUGCAGAAGACAGAAAUUUAAGUGCCACAGAUCUCAGGCAAAGUCAGAGGCUUGGCAGAAUUCAGAUAUCAGAAAAUGUACCUGCAGGAGCUCCUGCUGCAUCGAGGCACCAUAACAGAGAGAAGGGUCCUCCGGAAGAAGCACAAGAUACACCACAAGUUAAUGAUAAUGCAUUUUCCCAACGUCAUCCUAGUAAUUGGGUCGAUGCAACUGAGGUUGAUGAUGAUGAUGACGAUGAUGAUGAAGAUGAAAUGUGUAUCCAAUCAACGCCUCCAUACUGUGAAGAACAUUAGGAAAAGUGUGUGAGAAAGGGAAAAGAAAAUUGACGAUAUGACAGCAGCAGCGCUGGCAAGAAGUUGGGUAUACAUUAUAUAUCAGCUCGAAGAUGGGCCAUUGCAGAGCUCCCACCAUUAAAUGCGUAAGGUAAGAACAUGCUCUGAUGUUUCAGCUACUUGCAAUGUGCCUUUCGUACAGAUUUAUUAGAGUCUAUUUUAAAAAUACCCUGAAACAAGUGAGACCGAAGUCGAUUAUUGCCGUUAUGCAGUCCUUGUCAGAGUGUCUCUAAGCGUGCACCAAUUAUUAUCACCAUUUCUAUUAUUGUUUUGCUUUGCUUUAUUGGGCUCUCCCAAAAUGCAUAUCUUUCCAGUUUCCACUGGUCAUAUACUACGCCUGAUAUAUGAUGAAUGAGGUAGUAAUUCUUUUGGCAUUUUUACUUCUGUACUAGAUCAAUGAAUCGAUCCACCUGAGACUCGUGGUGAAUUUAGUAACCAGCAUCGUAGAACCAAC